GCAUCAUUGAGAUACUGCUUAGGCUAUAGAGUUAUUGUAUCAUCACUCAUCAAAAUACUAGGUUUAGCUAAGAUGAAGGGUGGUUAUAGGUGUGUUAGCUACAACUUGUUCCUCUCAACUUUAGUUGUGUUGUGUUUUAGCCAAAGUAGUGUGAGAUCUCAAUUGACACCUAAUUUCUAUGCCCAAAGUUGCCCUAAUGUGUUAAAGGUGGUGAAAGCUCGAGUUUUCGCCGCGAUGAAGAAUGAGUUUAGGAUGGGGGCUUCGCUUCUGCGACUUCAUUUCCACGAUUGCUUUGUUAAUGGCUGUGAUGGGUCAAUUUUGUUAGACGGCAGCGACAGCGAGAAGCUGGCCCUGCCCAACAAGAACUCCGUGAGGGGCUUCGACGUCGUCGACGACAUCAAGGCUGCCGUUGAGAGCGCGUGCAGUGCGACAGUCUCCUGCGCCGACAUUCUCGCUAUCGCCGCAAAAGAAGCCGUCGUUCUGAGUGGUGGAAGUUCAUGGAAUGUUUUGUUGGGAAGGAGAGAUGGGCUGGCAGCCAACCAGUCAGGAGCAAACUCUGGUCUCCCUUCACCUUUUGAUCCAAUUGACACUAUAAUUUCCAAGUUCAAUGAUGUUGGACUCAACACCACUGAUGUGGCCUCAUUAUCAGGCGCCCACACGAUCGGUCGAGCCCGAUGCGCGCUAUUCAGCAACCGACUGUCGACCCUGGACCCCGUCAUGGCGGCCGACCUGCAGGCGCUGUGCCAGUCCGGGGACGGGAACACCACCACCGCGCUCGACCGCAACUCGGCCGACGUUUUCGACAACCACUACUUCCAGAACCUGCUGAACAACAGAGGGCUCCUAUCCUCAGACCAGGGACUCUUCUCCAGUUCUGAGGGAAUAGCUGCAACCAAGUCCUUGGUUGAGACAUACAGCAAUGAUAGUAAUAGAUUUUUUUGUGAUUUUAUGAACUCUAUGAUUAGAAUGGGGAACAUUAGUCCACUCACUGGAUCUAAUGGAGAAAUUAGGAAAAAUUGUAGGGUAGUAAAUUAAUUAAUUGAAGCUUAAUUUGCGGGGUUGAGAUUAGUUAUA